AUGAACUCCGAAAGCAGUAGCACUGUACUGGCAAGUAUACAGAGCAAAUAUAAGUUUAGAGCAAAAACCCUUGAAUACUCCACAGCCUUUUAUCCCGAUAGAUUUAUGAUUCUCUAUAAAGAUCGGAAGGCUGGAGAAAUCCCUUAUGAAAAUAUCUUGAGAGUUGAAAAAAAUAGAGAAGGUCUAAAGUUUGGCUUAAAAAAUGGGACAUGGGUGAAAAUACCAUGUACACCAGACGAGAAGAGAAAAAUAUUCCGUAUAUUCAAGACCAAAAAACUUGGAGGUAUUUUAAGUGAAAGCGAUAUAAUAGGAUUGGCACUCGUAGAAUUUGCUGACCUAAGGUUUCUUGUUCCUCUUGGAAGCACUUGCUUUGCAGAUUUUAAGAAGAAUGUGAUUAGGAGAAUCGGGGGACACUUCCUUCCAACUCAAAGCCUUGAUUUUGUAAGCUUGGAUCAUUAUAACGAGUUUUCUCUUUAUAUCAAGGAUAAGGAUUCCCUCGUAAUAUUUGAAAAUGAUGAUGAUCUAUUAUGUAGCCUUUUAUAUUUUGAGAAGAAGUUGGCUGUGGUAGUCAAACACGUCCCUAAGGUGUCUUAA